UCACUGCUUCUGCAGCGGCAGCUUUGGGCGUGGGCGCCCUGGCAGUGCUCAAGGGAGUUCUUAUCGGGAAGCAUCUCAAGCGCCGUUACAGGAGGGACGUCGAUUCCAUGGAGAUCGACGAUGAAGUUGAGGUGGCCGUCGCCAAGGAACUGGAUUCGGCCGGCUGCAUCGCCAAGUUGCUGUGCGAGAUCGAGGCGACGCCCGCCGACAGCCUCACCCCAUCCAUGUCCACCUUCAAGACGGCCUUCGAGAAUCCCGACAACCUCAAGUCCUCCCGCAUCGAGUACGACCAGGCCAUCGCCCUCGCCAAGGACGACCCCAAGGCGUGCAGCGUCCGAUUCGACAAGUGUAGAUUAGCUGUCAAGAGUCAAAGGCUGGAAUCUCGUGCAAAUGUGACCAGCAUAUACCACCACCAAACAGGAACUGUUCAGCACACGGCGCAUCCGCAUCCGCGGAUUCAGAACAAGCGUUUUCGUAGAACGUUCGCAUAG